AUGUGGCUUUUAAAAUUGUUAAGUCUGUCCUCAUUUAUUUUGGCCUGCACUGGGUAUGAAUACGAUGAAGUGGAAUAUGACAAUUACUAUGAAGAUGAAAGCCCCAACGUCGCCACACCUAGAGCGAAAAGGUACCCUUCCAAGUCUACACUUAAAACGCUAAAUGCUCAAGAGAUGCAAGAAGUUAAAGAAGCCCUUAAGCAACUCCUAAGCAAUUCUGAUGAGAACGCGGUUACAUCAAACGUCGACGAUGGUGGUCAAUAUGAGGAAGUUAAUAUUACAACACUGGCGUUAGAAAUAGAGCCAAUUGUCCAAUAUUUAAGAUUGAAGAGAAAUAAGGAUAAGAAAACUACUACUGAGGAAACAACUACAGACACAAUUGAGACGACAUUGAUUUCAACGCCAUCUACCCGCCCUACAGCUAAAUGGCCCAUCGACGUACCAGCUCUGUUGGACCUGAUAGCGGUUCUCGCGGAGGACUACGAGACCAAUUUAACCAAGAAACUGAACGAGUCACUGUCGCUGAUGUCCAUUCCCACUUGUGAGACCUUCACGCCGUUCAGACAGACGACGUCGGAGUACGACGCUAACGCUACUGGUACUGUUAUAGCGAAGUGUUUCGUCUGCGGCUUAGAAGAAACCGGCGUACCGCGCAGCGCACCAUGCGCAGACGCAUUUGCUGGGGACUUCAUUCCAAUGGUCCCAGUGGACCCCACCGCCAGGGCACAGAUAUCAAAGUUCCGAAAAUAUUGCAAAUAUCAAAACAUUAGAGGCUACAAAUACAACAGCACGCAGCCGCGAGCCAUAUUCGGUCGAUGGACUGGUGGGUGCGCGGUAAGGUGGAUCGACCUCAGCGGGAUCUACACUCAGCGGACCUGCCGCAGCCGUCACCAGGCCAUCAUGGGUCAGCACUUCGGGAGCAAGCGUAUGGCGAGACUAGAGAUGUCACUGAUGGCUGUUGACAACGGUUGCAUUGUAAGUCCCAUGGCCACGCUCGUUCCACUGUCUAGAGGAAUAUCUCUGUUUGCCCGUUUCCACGCCUGCGUAUGCACAGGAAGUUGGUGCAACAAUGCUGCACGUGACGAGCCGUGGAUCAAAAAUAUAUUCUUACUAUUGUUUAUCAUGUAUCUUGACAGCUAG